UUAAUAAUAACAUGGGGAAAAAAGAAAAGAAUAAGAAGAAAGUUAGCGGCAGCGUUAAGACUGCAUUAAAAACAGAGAAGAAGCUGAGUGCAAAGCAAAAGAAGGAGCUGGCGGCACUUGGUGAGGAUGAUAUCGCGAAAGUUAUUGCUGAUAUUGAGAAGGAAGAAGCUCGUCGGCAACGCGUCGUCGAAGUGGAAAUUGAUCCUCCUUCUCGGAGGGUGAAUUUUACCAUAACGGCGCACCCCUUCAAAGAUGAAAUCAUAAUGCUGGGUGGUGAAUUUUUUGAUGGACAGAAGACUGUUGUGUAUGGAGAUAUGUUUUUUUAUAAUUUAAAUAAAAGGCAAUGGACUGUUGUAAAAGCACCAGGAGCACCACCUCCAAGGUGUGGCCAUCAAACGAUCGCUGUCCCUUCCCAAAAAGGUGAACUGUGGGUUUUUGGAGGAGAAUUUUCUAGUCCUUCAGAAUCUCAGUUUUAUCAUUAUAAAGACCUGUGGCUCUAUCACAUGGGAGACAAAAAAUGGGAGAAAGUCGUGGCCCCAGGUGGACCUACAGCGAGGAGCGGACAUAGGAUGGUCUACGCAAAAAAGCAGAUAUUUGUCUUUGGAGGAUUUCACGAUAAUCUCAGAGACUACAAGUACUACAAUGACUUAUACAUCUUUAAUUUAGAAACAUAUAAAUGGAAUAAAAUAGACACUACUGGAAAUUGCCCCACGCCUCGGUCAGGCUGUGUCAUGUUACCAAUUCCUGAAGGAAAAAUUCUCGUGUACGGUGGCUAUAACAAAGAGAGAAUUAAAAAAGAUGUAGAUAAAGGAGAGGUGCAUACAGAUAUGUUUGUACUGAGUCCAGAGAAAAAUGAUUCAACCGGUCUUAAAUGGAAAUGGGCGCUUGUGAAACAAACUGGUGUUAAGCCUUCACCUCGUUGUGGUAUAUCAGCAACUCUAGUCCAGCCAAAUUUAGCAUAUCUGUUUGGUGGUGUUUUCGAUGAAGAGGAUGAUGAGGAAGAACUUCGAGGCACAUCUUUCUAUAAUGACAUGAUGACUCUAGAUCUAGAUCUUUAUCGAUGGCAAUCAGUAAAAUUAAGUGGAGCCCGAAACCCAACUUCACGGUCUCGUAGAAGAAAACCAAAAGAAGGAGAGAGUAUGGAUGAAAAUACUGAAGAAAUGGAUACAUCGUCAGAGGUUGAACCAAUGGUUUUAACCGACGAGGAUGGAAUUUUUACGGUUACUGUUGAUUCAUCAACUUCAAUUCCGGUUGCUGGAAUUUCGGACCUUAAAGUAGAAGAAAGCGAAGCGAAGGAAAAUUGGCCAUCUCCUAGAAUGAAUGCUGGACUAUGUUUCAAGCAUGGAAUACUGUAUCUAUAUGGAGGAAUGGCAGAGGAUGGAAGUAGGCAAUACACUCUUAAUGAUCUACACAGUCUUGACUGCCGUAAACUUGAUGAAUGGAGAACUGUAAUCAAGGACGAUUUAUCAUCCCAAGUCUGGAUUGAAUCGAGUAGUUCAGAUUCGGAUGAAGAUACUACAUCUGAGGAGGACGACGACCACGACGAUGACGAAUAAUUAUUUAAUGAUUUUUCAUCCUGUUCUAGGUAACCUCUUUAGUUCUUCCUCCAAAGAUUUUAUCUGAAAAGUUGAAAAAAUAUUAUACCCUUUU